AUGCAUUAUUUACCUUCAAAUUUUUCUAUCCGAAAUAUUGCUCAGCAUAUAUCUGCCUCUGUGUUACCCGUGUCUUGUUCUGCUUUCACUAUCCCCAUAUCUAUUCCUGCUCCUCUAUCAAAACCGGAGCAUGCUCCUUUAUCUGUCUCACCUACCCAUGACUCUAUCCCCAUCAUAACUGUACCUUUGUUGAAGCCUUCCCGGAAAGGGAAAGAGAAAUUGUCUAUUUCAGGUACUGCUGAGAAGAGAAAACUGUCUAAUUUGGAUGAUGUGGAAAUCGUGUCUGAAAGCAAGCAACAAAUGAGGGUGUCCACACUACCACAUCGGAUGACUAGGUCCCGAAGUGUUGCUGAAACUCCAGAUGUAUCUAUUCCAUCCGGUUCGAAAUCAAAAGGGACCAAGAAGUCAUAUAGGCCCAUCUUUCUGUCUUGUGCACUGUCAUCUGAAUGGCACGUCCAUUCCAACCGAGAUUUUAUUCUAGAGAAAUCCAUCAAUGUGGAGGAGUUAACUGAAAAAUGCAACAUUAUCCCCAUUCUAAGAUAUCAACAUUUAUUUACCUCACUUCAACACGUUGGGACCUAUUCUGCAUGGUUAACUACCGAAUUUUACACCAAUCUCACCAUGGAUACGUUUAUAGAAGGUUCAACACAUUUCCAACAGGUGUUUAUUCGGGAUAAGUGGUACCCGUUUGGACCGACAGAAAUUAAUGCCUACUUGGGAACUCCUAAUCAUCAAGUUGUUCCUGAUCCCAGUCCUCACAUAUUGGCUGCGGCUUUGACGCACAACAAAGAAGUUUCUUGGCCAAGUACUGGUCUCAAGAGUUUGAAACUCACCACGGUUUACUCGGUUCUCCUUUGCCUUGCAUCAGCUAACUAUAUACCGGCAGUUCGGCAUCACCUUGUCUCAGAUCAACUGGCAACAUUACUCUACAAGAUCAUAAACAGGCUCCCAUUCAAUCUUGGAGUUAUUAUUUUUUCGCACCUCAUGUCCUUUUUGAAAAAGAGGGAAACCAAGGUUCAUCUACCAUAUCCUAGUCUGAUUUUUGGUAUUCUUCAGGAUCAUGGGUUUAUGCCUUAUAAGGAUGAAGUUAAAUACCACUAUGAUGAUCGUGCCUCACUCACUGUGCUCCCUGUCGUAGCUACGGCAACUCCACCAGUAUCUGCCCCAGCCUCUUCCGCAGACACCGUAUUAGCUUUUAUUCUCGAUUCCCAAGCCGUACCAAAGGAGCCGCAGACACUUGUGGAUCAUAGACAGAUUGUGGUUACCCUUGAAGCCUCUAUUGUGCAGAUUCAGCACUCUGUAGCUUUUCAACAAGUGACUAUAUCCGGCCUAGAAAAGUUGCGUGAUGCACAACUUCAAGAAAUCACUCGCAUGGAGGAGAUUCAUGCCCAAAUUCUAGCAGAUACCGGCGCUGGUUCUUCCAGUUCAGAAACUGAAGACGAUGAUGAAGAUUCGGUUUCGGGCACCCCGUUUGCACGUUAA